CAUGUCCAGAGGUGCUGUAAGGGUGUCCGACGUGUUUACUACAUCUGGAGCCGUUUUGUCAAUGAGGGGAACUCUAAACUUACUCCAAAAUACUGACUGUACCUUAAGGUUUUUCAGCGGCGGAGACCUGAUGUUAAUUGUGAAGUAGGAUUUUUCACAUUUUCUUGUCACGUUUAUCGCUUUUUCUUUGGCCAUUUGCGUCUGUUGCAUCACAAUUACGGCGAAAAGUAGUCUAGUAAUAGAGUUGAAACUCCCAGUUUAUUUCGAAACUCCCAACGAAACAUAUAUAUGUUUUUUUUAAAUACUAGUGUACAAGAAAAAAAAGAAAAGAAAAAAAUAGAAACGCUAAGCGAAGUAGCAUUUCAUGAGGACAUUAUUUAUUGCGCUUGACUUAAGUCUGUGACAGUAUUUUAAGCUUUGACUGAACUGUGAAUGUUUUGUUCACUGUGGCUUUCUUUGGUGUGUAUUUCAUUCAGAUUCACCACAUCGCUCCAUCAGUCUACUUUCAAAACAGUUAAACCGAUAAUUUUUUGAUGUGUCCUCCUCAGAGAAAAUGUCGCUCUUUUUACAGCAAGGCUGAAGAGAAAAGACCAGACCUAAAAAUAAAGUCUCGGUUUCUACUCCACAAAGAAUCAUUUGAACUUCCUACCGCAGAAGAAGGACAUAAAUAGCUCUGACAUGUGGAUGUAAUUUCAGGAAAAAAGGCAGACAGAUGCAGAGAAAUAAAACACGAGCUGGGAACAGUUUGACUCUACAGAUCUGUGACAAGGAGACGCCGUGAGAAUAUAUUCAUAACAUCACACGCCGCUGCAACACGAUGUAAAGCAGACGGAGGAGACAUGACUGACUCUGACGGCGCUUAAGUAGACGUGAACAUUAGAGAAAUCCCAUUUAAGCCGCCAUCAAUUUGCGUCAACUUACUUUGUGCGUCGGGAUGGGAGCCACGCUGGUCGUUCACACUUUGGGUUUUCUCUUUUGCGGCACCUUGCUGAGUUUCGUCUAUGGUCUGGUUGAUGCUGAUGAUGUCCUCACAAAGGAAGAACAAAUCUAUCUUCUCUUCAAUGCAAAGCGGAAAUGUGAGCGAAUGAUCAAGUCCAAACAUAAAAUUGGUGAGGGUUACUGCCUGCCGGAGUGGGACGGCAUUGUGUGUUGGCCCGAGGGAGCUCCUGGAAGGAUGGUGUCCACUGCCUGCCCGGAGUACAUAUAUGACUUCAACCACAAAGGACAUGCCUACCGUCGCUGUGAUAACAAUGGGACCUGGGAACUGGCUUCUAGUAACAACAAAACCUGGGCUAAUUACAGCGAGUGUGCCAAAUUCCUCACUCAUUAUAACCAGAAUCAAGAGAGGGAGGUUUUCGACCGACUUUACCUGAUCUACACGGUGGGCUACUCCAUAUCUCUGGGAUCACUUAUGGUGGCGACAGUCAUCCUGGGAUACUUUCGGCGGUUACACUGUACCAGGAACUACAUCCACAUGCAUCUGUUUGUAUCGUUCAUGAUGAGGGCCAUCAGUAUCUUUGUGAAAGAUGUGGUGUUGUACUCGGGUGCUGCUUUAGAGGAAAUGGAACACAUCACUGUGGAGGACCUGAAGUCCAUCACAGAAGCCCCUCCUGCCAACAAAACCCAGUUUAUUGAUUUUCCAUCUCCCCUCAAGAUUGGCUGUAAGGUGGCGGUGACCCUUUUCUUGUACUUCCUGGCGACUAAUUAUUACUGGAUUCUCGUGGAGGGCCUCUACCUGCACAGCCUUAUCUUCAUGACCUUCUUCUCAGACAGGAAGUACCUCUGGGGCUUUACACUGAUUGGCUGGGGUGUUCCUGCAAUGUUUGUGACUGUCUGGGCCAGUGUGAGAGCCACUGUUGCUGACACUGAGUGCUGGGAUUUAAGUGCAGGAAACCUGAAAUGGAUUGUGCAGAUCCCCAUUCUGACAGCAAUCGUUGUAAAUUUUUUGUUGUUCCUGAAUAUAAUUAGAGUUUUGGCAACAAAACUUAGAGAAACAAAUGCAGGGCGAUGUGACACAAGACAACAGUACAGAAAGCUGUUAAAAUCGACACUGGUCCUCAUGCCGUUGUUUGGCGUUCACUACAUAGUGUUUAUGGCAAUGCCCUAUACAGAAGUUUCUGGGGUACCGUGGCAAAUCCAGAUGCAUUAUGAAAUGCUCUUUAACUCAUUCCAGGGAUUCUUUGUUGCAAUUAUAUAUUGCUUCUGCAAUGGAGAGGUCCAGGCAGAAAUCAAGAAGUCAUGGAGUAGGAGGACACUUGCUUUGGACUUCAAGAGGAAAGCCCGUAGUGGCAGUAACACCUACAGCUAUGGACCCAUGGUGUCCCACACGAGCAUCACAAAUGUGACCGCACGAGGCCCUUUGGCCCUGCACCUCACCACUCGCCUGGGGCCCGUCACCUUCAACGGCCACCGGAACCUUCCGGGCUACGUGAAGAAUGGCUCCGUCUCCGAGAACUCCAUCCCAUCUUCGGGUCAGGAGCUUCAUAUACAGGAGGAACCUUCAAAGAACUUGCAAGAAGAAAAAAACACACCAGUGGUGGAGGAGGAGCGAGAAACAGUCAUGUGACUUUCAAAACCUAAACAAAGAUGAUAAACAUUUUACAUGAUUUAGAAAAUGAUAAAGGAUGAGAGAUUCCUUUCUUCCUCAGGAUUUCCUUACCAUUUGGAUUGUGGAACCUUCUCAGAUGAGUUGAGCUACAGUGUUACCAGUGACCAAUCCAAUUGAGCAGUUGGAUCAGUGUCUUUUAAAUGAGCCACAAUGUUCUUGCAAGUCUGGACGAUAUUAUGGGUAUCAGGACCUCUUCACCAACAGUACUUGAACAAGAAUUUGUGGAGAAUACCUUAAGAUUUUGCAAAUGUGUUCCUGCAUUGUGAAAUUCUCAUGACACCUCCAUCAGAAGAAGAAAUGUUGAGUUUGCUCCAGGGUCAAGCCAUAAAAAUGAUAUGGCACUAUGGACCGUGAAUUGUAAAUAAGAAACUCAUAAUAUUUUAAAUACUUUUUAAUAACAAAUAAUUGUUUUUGAUCAGCACUAAUAAACAUUUUUUUUACAUUGCAAAUAGUCCAAACAGAUAGCAUCUCAUAAAACUCCCAGUAGGGGUGCUAUUAUGGUAGCAGGUUCUUAUUAGUAGAAUGUUAUAUUUCUAUGUUUCUAGACCUUGAGCGAUUGUGUCAUGUUUAUCCACAGGUUUGUUAGGUGGAUUUGCCAAAUCUUGCCAAGCUGUUCUUUAUGUAAGCCAGAUCCUGCCAUGAAAUAAAAAAGAAAAUAACAAAGUUGAUUCUGACUUUGUCUCACAAUUUUGUCUUUAUUUCUCACAUAUGCGACUGUAAUACACAUAAUAUCGUGUUUAUAUAUUGCAAUUGCAAUUUUUUCAUGUAAAAGAUAAAAAGUCAAAUUGUGAGAUAAAAUGUACAAAAUAUAAUGUUGUGACUAUAUUUCCCAAUUUCAAAAUUGCAAGAUAUAAUGUGUGAGAUAUAAUGUUUUGACUAUAUACUUCGCAAUUUCAUAAUUGCUAAAUAUAAAGUUGUAAUUGCAAGAAAUAAAGUUGAAAUUGCAAGAUAUAGUCGCAAGUUGCAAUUAUGAGCUAUAAAGUCAAAACUGCAAGAUAUAAUGUGUAAGAUUAAUGUUUCAACUAUAUUUAGCGGUUUCAAAAUUGCAAAAUAUAAAGUUGCAAUUAUGAGAAAUAAAGUCAAAAUUGCAAGACAUAAUGUGCGAGAUACAAUAUUGCAACUUAAUAUUUUGCAAUUUUGAAACUGCAGAAUAUAAAGUCACAGUUGCAAGAUAUAAAGUCAAAAUUGCAAGAUAUAAAGUAGAAAUUGUAAGAUUCAAAGUUGCAAUUGCAAGAUAUAAAGUUAGAAUUGCAAGAUAUAAAGUUGAAAUUGCAAGAUAUAAAGUCGCAAUCACGAGACGUAAAGUUACAAUUAUGAGAAAUAAAGUUGAAAUCGAAAGAUGUAAUGUUUGAGAUACAUUGUUUCGACAUUAUACUUCGCAGUUUUGACAUUGCAAAAUAUAAAGUCGCAAUUACAAGAAAUAAAGUUGAAAAUGCAAGAUAUGAAGUUGCAAGUUGCAAUUAUGAUAAGAUAUAAUGCUGUGACUUUAUAUUUUGCAAUUUCGAAAUUGCUAAAUAUAAAGUUGCAAUUGCAAGAUAUUGUCAAAAUUGCAAGAUAUUAAGAUGAAAUUAUGAGAUUUAAAGUCGCAAUUGUGAGAAAUAAAGUUGAAAUUAUGAGAAAUAAAGCUGAAAUUCCAAGAUAUAAUGUGCGAGAUAUAAUACUGGGACUUUAUAUUUCGAAAUUGCUAAAUAUACAUUUUCAGUUGUAAGAAAUAAAGUUGAAAUUGUGCUAUAAGGUAGAAAUUGCGAGAUUUAAAGUCACAGUUGCGAGAAAUAGAGUAGAAAUUGCAAAAUGUAAAGGUGAAAUUGUGAGAUGUAAAGUUGAAAUUAUGAGAAAUAAAGUUGAAAUUGCAAGAUAUAAUGUGCGAGAUAUAAUAUUGUAACUUUAUAUUUUUUUGCAAUUUCGAAAUUGCAAAAUAUAGUCGCAAUUGCGAGAAAUAAAAUUGAAAUUCCAAGCUAUAAAGUUGAAAUUGCAUAAUGUAAUGUCGCAAUUGCGAGAUAUAAAGAAUCGAAAUUGCAAGAUAUAAAAUCGCAAUCGUGAGAUAUAAAGUUGCAAUUCUGAUAAAGUUAUAAUAUUGAGAUAUAAUGUGUGAGAUAAUGUUGAAAAUUUAUAUUUCGCAAUUUCGAAACUGCAAAAUAUAAAGUCGCAAUUACGAGAAAUAAAGUUAAAAUUCUGAGCUAUAAAGUUGAAAUUGUAUAAUUUAAAUUUGAAAUCGAAAAAUAUGAAGUCAGAAUUCCCUUUUUAAUUUUUUUCUUCUGUGGCGAGAUCAAGACACCAUAAUUGUCUUCAUGAGUCUGGCAGUGAAAACAAAAAUGCUCACCCUAAUGCCAUUCCAAACCCCUAUGAUUUUCUUUCUAUUUUGGAACUCAAAAGAUGUCAGGCAGAAUGUUUACUGUUCUUUACCAAUGGGGACAGAUGCUGUUGAGCGUAUAUCAAGGGUAUAUUUCAGUAUAUUACUCACACAAAGCUAUUGGAAGACUUGGAAGAUAACACACCACUCAUAUGGAGUACGUUUAGGUGAAAGAUUCCUUAACAUCUGCUUGCAUUAUUGCCAGUGUUCAGUUGGUGGGGAAAUGUCCAAGCAUUUUAUUAUUAUGACUGGCAUUAUGAGAGAAACUGUGUCUUAUAAUAUUAUUGUUCAUUUUUUCAGGGUCAUUUUCAAGCUGCCUUAAUUAUUGCAGCCAUUGCAGAGAAUUUAUCCUAUAAAACGUCAUAAUAACAUUAAUUAAUAACAUUUACAGGCAUUAUUACACUAAAUCAAUGCUUGACAUAUUUAGAAAUGUCAUUCAACUUUUAUUUACUGUAUAUAUUUUUAUAAAUAUAUUUGAAUGUGCAGCAAAAACUGAUCUGUUAAGCAUUAUAGAAUGUUUAUUAAGGACUAAUUACUAAAAGUUAACAAAGUUAUAUUUUAUUCAAUGGCAGCAUCUUGUAUAACUUUUAUGUGUGCGUUUUCUUCUGUUAUUUUUGUCUGUGUUUUAGACUGCAUAUCUGGACACAUGUCAGACCAUGAAAAAAAUAUUAGAAAUCCACCUAGAAAGUACUUAAUUAAUUAUCCACACCAUUGUGAUCUGUACUAUGAGUUUUCAGGGAAUUAUUUGCUCACUAUUAUGACCUCAUUAGAGCUGUUUAUUGAAACCAUCCCCAUUAUCGUAUAAUGAAUGAUUCUUUUAUGCACACAUAAAGAUUUUAUCCUGAAAAGCCAGUUAUUAUAUGUACUAUAAUUUCUUUGUUGUCAUGCCUCACUUCACUGCCUCUUAUAUUACGUUUCAUUUCAUCAUAAUGUAUUUCAUGCAUGUUAUGAAAAGCUAAAAAUCAUCUAAUGGCAAAUCAAAUUAAUCUAAUUUCUGCAGCCAGCUAAGCUCAAACAGAAAGUUAACAGAUUUUUCCAGCAUUAUUACUGUUCAAUUCUUGCCCAUUAUUUAUUGGUAUUUAUCUGAAGACAGUAUUGUACAGUACAUCCGGAAAGUUUUCAAAGCGCUUCACUUUUUCCAC